AUGCCACGCAAAGCCGUGCAGCGGGUGUUUACAGAGGCUCGCUUUGGCCUGUUGCAGAUCUUCCCCGACCUGUACCACUUCCAGCACAACUCCGUGGUGAAGCGUUCGGCCGAGCCCAGUUUGGAGCAUCACAACAACCUGCUGGGCGAGAGGGAGGUGAAGUGGGCCAAGCAGCAGGUGGUGCUGUCGCGCCCCAAGCGCGACCUGCUGCCGCUGUCGAUGCAGCUGAGGCCCGGCCGCAACUACCGCCAGACGGUGCUGCUCAACGACCCACGCUGGCAGCAGAUGUGGUACCUGAACCGCGGCCACGGGCUCGACAUGAACGUGCAGGGCGCCUGGUUGGAGGGCAUCACGGGCCGCGGCGUCGUCGUCACCAUCCUGGACGACGGCCUGGAGACGGAGCACCCCGACCUCGUGCGCAACUACGACCCGCAGGCGAGCUACGACGUCAACAACCACGACGAGGACCCGACGCCGCGCUACGACCUCAUCGAUACCAACCGGCACGGCACGCGCUGCGCCGGCGAGGUCGCUGCCGUGGCCAACAACUCCGAGUGCGCCGUCGGCGUCGCAUUCGGCGCCCGCGUCGGCGGUGUGCGUAUGCUGGACGGUGACGUGACGGACGCGGUGGAGGCGCGCUCGCUGUCGCUCAACCCGCAGCACAUCGACAUCUACAGCGCUUCCUGGGGGCCCGACGACGACGGCAAGACCGUCGACGGGCCCGGCGAGCUCGCGACCAGGGCCUUCAUCGAGGGAAUCACCAAGGGCCGCGGCGGCAAGGGCUCCAUCUUCGUGUGGGCGUCGGGUAACGGCGGGCGCGACCACGACAACUGCAACUGUGAUGGCUACACCAACUCCAUCUGGACGCUGUCCAUCUCGAGCGCCACCGAGAACGGCGUCGUGCCCUGGUACUCGGAGGCCUGCAGUUCGACGCUCGCUACCACCUACAGCAGCGGCGCCUCCAGUGAGAAGCAGGUGGUGACCACGGACCUACACCACCAGUGCACGAGCUCGCACACGGGCACGUCGGCGUCGGCGCCGCUGGCGGCCGGCAUCUGCGCGCUGGCGCUCGAGGCGAACCGCGACCUGACUUGGCGCGACAUGCAGCACAUCGUGGUGCGCACCGCGCGCCCCAGCAACCUGCACACCCCGGACUGGAGGCUCAACGGCGUCGGCCGCAACGUGAGCCACUCGUUCGGCUACGGCCUGAUGGACGCCACGGCGAUGGUGCGGCUGGCACGCUCCUGGAAGCCCGUCCCUGAACAGCACCGCUGCGAGGUCUCCGCGCCGCACACCGACAAACUGAUCCCCGCCAAGAGCCAAGUCACCCUGGAGCUGUAUGUGAAGGAAUGCGCCGGCGUCAACUACCUCGAGCACGUGCAGGCCAAGAUCAGCCUGGUGUCUUCGCGGCGGGGCGACCUCACGAUCCACCUGACGUCACCGGCCGGCACGAGGGCGACGCUGCUGGCGCGCCGGCCGCAGGACGUGUCGAGGGCCGGCUUCCAGGACUGGCCCUUCAUGUCGGUCCACACGUGGGGCGAGCAGCCCUUCGGCCGGUGGACGCUCGAGAUCCACAACGAGGGACGCUUCCUGGGCAGCGUCUCUGGCUGGGAGCUGGUGCUGCACGGCACGGAACAGCCGGCACAGCCAGACGACGCCGCCACCGCCGCGCCGCCGCCGCCGACGGCCGCCCCCGGCACGGCCGCCCCCCGCACGCGGCCCCCGCCGUCGCUGCCCCUGGGGGCGGAUGCGGGCAAGCAGCAGCAGCAGCAACAGCAGCGCUGGCCCCCGUACCCCCGGCCGCCCGCGCACCACGACAACGAAGUGGCGCCGCCCCCGGCCGCGGCGCCCGCCUCCGCCCCCGACGCCGCCGCGCGGCCCCCUUCGGUCGGCGACGCCGCCUCCAGCUCCGCCUCCGCCUCGGGCUGCGUGUCGCUCGCCAAGAACGGCCACGGCUGCCUAGGUUUGUGCCUCGCAGUGGCCGCCGGCGCGUCGGCGCUGCUCCUGCAGACAAGGACGCUCGUCUGA